UGUAAUGCUUUUGCAAAGACGUGGGACGAUAAAAAAAAAAAGGAAAUUACAUUAGAAAUAAUAAUAAGUUUAGUUGUUUGCGACGUACGGGUGCAUCAACAAGACCGAUACAAUUUAAAAUGUAACAAAUAAACUAAAAUGCACCAGGGAAAUGAAUAAACAAUCAGCAGCUACUAAACAUAAUCCUGUGUCAUGCCAUGGACAGUGUGAAGAUGGAAUCUGUCCAGAUUAAAGAGGAGUUUCCUGAACUUGAACCUCUCCCCAUUAGAGUGGAGUUCUCUGGGCUGGCUUCCCUCCCCAUUAAACAGGAGCUCAGUGAGAAGCAAUGUGACAGCAGUCAGCCAGAGGUCUCUGAGAUUAAAGCUGAGCACAAAGAAUUGGAGAUCCCCCAGACAGAAGAAUCCCUUCCUGUUAAACAGGAAGAGGUGCUGGAAAUUGUCCGUAUUAAACAGGAGCCCCCUGAAGUAGAAUCUGACCACGGGGACCCAGGGAAGGAAGAAUCAGAGGACUUCAAACCAAACAUCCCUGAGCUGGAGCCUGUACGCCUGCAGGAGUGCAGCGUGGUGCUGGAGAGAAUCUUCGUGAGAGAGCAAGGUGCUGGAGAGGAAGGCUUUUCCAACAGCACGCAAGGAGGUGGAAAGAAAGCUGGGUUGUCACAUUCAGAAUGCAGUCCAGCAGGUUCCAGUCCUGCAGCUAAAGCGAGUGUGGGCGUUGGAGAAGAUCCUGACUGUGGGAAAGAUUUCACCCAGUUAGGUCAUUUAAAACAAAAGCGGAGCAUUCACACAGGAGAGAAAUUGUAUCGCUGCUCAGACUGUGGGAAGAGUUUUGGUCAGUCCGGACACUUUGCUUUACAUCAGCGAAUUCACACAGGAGUUAAACCGUAUUGCUGCUCUGACUGUGGGAAGAGUUUCAGUCGGACAGACAGCCUUGCCUCACACCAGCGAGUUCACACAGGAGAGAAACCGUAUCGCUGCACUGACUGUGGGAAGAGUUUCAGUAGGACAGGCAGCCUUGUUUCACACCAUGGUCGGUGA